AUGGCUCCAAAAGCUCUCCUUUUGCUGCUGCUGGCUCCUGCUGCUGCUGCAGCAGCAGCAGCAGCAGCAGCAACACACGCAGCCUUCAACUUCGACACCAUGGCCUUCGAAGACGGCGACCACGCAGCAGCAGCAGCAGCAGCAGCAGCAGCAACAGCACCCCCUGCUGCUGCUUGGGGGCCCCCCCGGGGGGCCCCCACCGCCCCAGAAGUGCUGGCAGCAGAAAACUUCAACAAAAAAGAUCUUUUCAAAUUUGCUGCUGCUGCUUCUUUGCUUCUCCUGGGCCUCUUCGCCCUCUCCGCCAGAAAGAAAAGGGCCGUGGCCCAGAUUGUGAGAUUUGAUGCAGAAUUACUUUUUUGGAAGUCCGGGGGUUUGCGGGCGCUGGGGUGUAUAGACAGCUCGGACUUGCUGCUGCUGGCCGCUGCAGGGGCUGCAGCAGCAGCAGCAGCAGCGCAGCAAGCAGCAGCAGCAGCGCAGCAAGCAGCAGCCGCAGCGCAGGCAGCAGCAGCAGCAGCGAAGACAGCAGCAGCAGCAGCAGCGCAGACAGCAGAAGCAGCAACAAAGGCAGCAGCAGCAGCAGCAGCAGCAGCGCAGAUAGCAGCAGCAGCAGCAGCAGCGCAGACAGCAGCAGCAGCAGCGCAGACAGCAGCAGCAGCAGCAGCAGCAGCAGCGCAUAUAGCAGAAGCAGCAAAGAAGACAGCAGCAGCAGCAGCAGCAAUUAGAACUUUGUUUUUUAGUGAAUUUUGA